CUUUAACUGUGACUUUAAAAUAUAUCACUGGUUGUUAUUGUGCAGGUGUGAUGGCGAGGAUAUCCGGCUCUACUCGCAUUUGCACGCUGGUCUUGACUUUGUGCUUCCUGGUCUUUGAGAUUGUAGUCGGUCAAAUCUGCAGAUCCCUCCUCAUCGCGGUGGACAGCUUCCAUACGCUCUACAUUUUCAUAAAUCUGGCUCUAUCAGCAUUAAAGCAUCAUCCCAAUUCUCCCUGCUCACCUGAUCCCUCCACGACCGCUGCUCCAUCCCGUCCAAACGUCUCUGCUUCAGGAGGUCCGAGUCCUCCGUGUGCUGAGGACUACAGAAGGAUGCGUCUCAAACCCUUCGGCAACCUGAUCUCAGCUCUGCUCAUGGCAUCUCAGUGUGUCUCCAUUAGUCUGGAGAUUCUCACGCAUGUCGUGCAGCCAGAACCCAUUCUACACCCACUCCUGUCUAUUGUUGUUGGAGGAGCCAGUCUGAUAUUUAAUAUGCUCGUUUUGGCCUGGAAAAGAAGCAGCAGAGGGAUUGAUGAAGCUGCUGAGGGGAACAGAAAGAGUCUGACGCGAAAUGACCCUCAUUCUACAUCAGAAAGCAAAGGAAGUGCUCUGCAGGAUGACGCACUGAUGUUCUGCAACCCUGAAGCAUCUCGGGUCCUGGAUCCAGAUCAAGGCUCUCAGCACAGCUCUUCUGAGUUACCAGAGCACAGCAUCACUGAAGCAGUCCAGUCCAGUCACAGUCAAAAGUCUAAUUCCAGAAUCAGUGAAAGUUCACAGGAAAUCAUUCCGGAAGAUCGACAUCACUCCACCUGCACCGAACCCACCGUUUCCCAGUGCAUUCCUGAAGGCUCCGGGUGCAGAAGACAGCAGCUCGGCUCCAUCGGUGUGAUCCAGCACCUUCUGGGUUCAGUCCUGGUUUUGACUAACGGUCUGGUUCUCCUGCUGUCUGCAGCGCACUGCCAUCGGCCUCACUCCGACUGUCACCUCCUGGUGUAUCUGGACGCAGGUUUUUCCGCAGUCUGUGUGCUGGUUUUGUUAUCCACAGCCCUGCCGAAGCUACAGCGCUACGGGCUGCUGGUGCUGCAGGCGACGCCGCUGCAUCUCUCCGUGGCUCAGGUGCGGCUGAGGCUCACUGAAGUACCGGGCGUGCUGUCGGUGCACGAGCUGCACGUGUGGCAGCUGUCGGACGCGCUGAUGGUGGCGUCGCUGCACGUUCACUGUCCGGACGGGCUGAACGCAGCGCAGUGCGCAGAUCUGAUGGGGAGGACAAAAGCAGUGCUGGCCGCUUUCGGCAUCAACCACUGCACCGUGCAGCCGGAGUUCAUCAGGAGCGACGCAGCGGCCGGUGGCGGAUCGGGACGGUCGCUCUGCAGCUUGCGCUGUGGCCAGGAGUGUGUGGAGAAGCUCUGUUGCUCCCCUCAGGUGGACAAGACCAGCUGUCCCAAGACAGAGAGUCCUGCUUGUGUGCAACCCUGCUCUCCAGCGCCGCACAGUGUUGAUGAGCAUAGAGACGUGGUUAUUGAGAACACGUACCUGUGACUGAAGCUUGUUGGUGUGUUUGUGAACUGACAGCACUGUAAGUACUGUACAUGACAGAGACUCCAGCAAUAAAUGCAUUUAUAUAUGCAAAACAAUCGAGGGGUGAACACUGAUUUAUUCAGAGCUGAAGCACUGAGAGGAGGACAUGGUCAGAUAUUAACCUGCUCCACACAUUUAAAGGUCUCUAACUGAUCAACAUGAUCAAAACUUUGCUGCCAAACCUGUGGCACACAAUCUACUCCAUGCCUUCUGUCGUCUGAUUGAUAGUUUAGACUUGUUUUUAACAAGUAAAGGCCUUUUAGUCUAAUUGUACAAGUGUGCACCUUUGUUGCUGUCAAAGCUUAGGUUUACUUGAUUAUCCAGAAAGUUUUUAGAAAAAAAAUAUGAGUCUCAAAUAAGAUCUUCAGGCCUUUGAGGAACGUUUAUGAGUUCAUCUCUCAAUAAUCAUUGUAUUGCAUUAUGUUUUGAGAGUGACGACUGAUAUUAAUGUAGUUUUAUGUAAGCUAAGUAGUCUGUUAUACAGUUAUGAAGAUCUCAUUGAUUUACAUUACAAGCAUCAGAAUUCCAUCUAACUUAGUCCAUAUAAAUAUCUGCACCUGCAUAUUUUUGCGCAGUUUUGGGCAUCUGGAUAUAACUGAGACGUCUGUUCUUCCUCGUCCUUGAUGAGCUUCAUAUUCUUACUGUAUCAUACGAGCCAUAAAAGUCUG